UAGCUGAUAAAGGUACUAGUUAGUAUACCACAGCAUAACUCGUUAAAUGUUUGUAAAUUUACUUUAUAACUCGUUAAAGUUUCUCUGUAGUGUUUAAUUUGCUGCUGUCAUGGAAUAUGAUAAUAUGCUGAAAAGUAUCGGAGAAUUCGGCCCUUUUCAAAAAAAGUUUAUUUAAUACUCAAUUGUUUGGCCUUUUUCCAAUGUUGUCAAAUGUUUCUAUUAGUGUUCGUGGCUGAUAAGCCACAAUGGCAUUGCUCUGAAAACUCAUUUUCAAAAACUCUGAUUUUGAACAAUGAUUCGACGUGUUUCAAGGAUGGUUCGGCUUGUACAGAAAUAGAUUUCUCUAAAGAUUUCACCAGUAUAGUUUCCGAGUGGAAAUUGAUUUGUGAUCAAGAGUACAAGGCCGAUAUAGGUCAAUCGAUUACAAUGUUUGGUUGUCUAAUUGGAGUUAUAAUUGCUGGUCGCAUAUCUGAUGUGAUUGGUCGACGCUAUGUCACAAUUGUGUCCCAGGUUAUUGCAUUUUCUUUGGGCAUGUUGACUUCAUUAACGUGGACCUAUAACCAAUUCCUGUUGCUGCGUUUCCUUUGUGGUUUAAGUAUAGUGGGUGGUAGCAUGUCUUCUUUUGUCAUUAUGACUGAAAUCAUUGGGCCAUCUUAUAGAGGUCAGUUGAUGACUAUCUCACAGAUGUUCUAUGCAAUUGGUUUUGGCUUUUUUGCAUUGAUGGCUUACAUUUACCGAGAUUGGCGUCAUCUUACAAUGGCAGUCUCAGUUCCUGGUGUGAUUUAUAUGUUGUUGUUUGCCAAAGCAAUACCAGAGUCACCACGCUGGCUUUUGGCUGAGGGACGAAUCAUAGAAGCUGAAGAAAUUCUUGAUAAAAUGGCAAAAAAAAACGGUGGAAGCUUCGACAAGCAAUAUCUCAAUGUAAAUAACAUGAAACACUCAAAUUCCUCAUCAUUGGAAAAUUAUGGGAUUCAUACAUUACUGACUCACAAAAGCUUUCGUUACAAAAUGAUAUUGUUGAUGUUUAUAUGGCUCAUCAAUAGUAUGGUCUACUAUGGACUGUCUUUUAAUUCUAAAAAUUUGGAAGGUGAUCGGUAUUGGAAUUUUUUUUUCUCAGGGAUAGUUGAGGUGCCUUCUUACUUUUUGGCUGUGCCAAUGAUAGACAACUUGGGACGCAGAAAAUCAUUGUUCAUUAGUGUAAUAUUGGGUUCAUUAGGAUGCCUUCUUUGCUCAUUGGGUCCUCCAAAAUUUGUGGUGUUGACAGCCAACUUUGGAAAAUUUGGCAUUUCAUCUUCAUUUGCAAUAUUAUAUGUAUAUUCAGCUGAGCUUGUUCCUACUGUGGUAAGAAAUUUUGCCAUGGGUACUUGUUCAAUGACAGCAAGAUUUGGUGCUAUGUUGGCACCUUUGGUAGUUACUAUGGGUAACAUUCAUCCCAAACUACCAAUGACAUUGUUUGGAACUAGUGGCAUAAUUGCUGGAAUUAUUGGAAUGAUGUUGCCUGAAACAUUAAACCAACCAGUUCCAGAUACUUUAGAUGAUCACUAAAUUGCUAAUCAAUCAACUUUAAACCAAGACAUUUCUUAACUAUUUUUGGAUAUCUUGAAUUCAGUGGUACGUGUCUCAAAUGAUUCUGAGAAACAAAGAUGAAAAAUGUCUAUUUUACACUCUAAACGUACAUUCUACAAAUUUGCAUUAAAUGUAAUAUACACAGUAAUUUAUUCACAUCUUUAAUUCAAUCAUUGUAUGCAUUAUUUCCUUUGGUCACUGGUACUGAUGUUCAAUCAUCUAUUGAAUGGGUGGAGCAGGUGGUGGAGGGUUACCAGAUCCCUAGAAAAAAUAAAAUUAUUUUCUUCACAAGAUUAUUAUGAUUUUUUGAUGAUUUUUUACUAACAAAAUCAUCACAUACAAGUUGACAAAAUUCAAUUAAUUACUUUACUACUACAGUUCAACUUAUCUUUUAAUCAUUGUAUUUAGAGUAUAUUUCCAAAAAGCUACUAUGAAUUUGGUCAUAAACCAUUAAAACAGGCAUAGUAUUUUUUUGCAUGAAAUAAUUAUGAGAAGGAAAUAAACUAAAAAAAGGAA